AUGGCAGACUUGCAAAGUAUUGUAGUACUUAUUUCAGGUUCAGGCACUAAUCUUCAAGCCUUGAUUGAUGCUACACAAGACGGACGUUUGAAGGGAAAGAUCAUUGCGGUCGUAUCCAACAGAAAGAAUGCAUUUGGUCUUGAGCGUGCAAAGAAGGCAGGCAUCCCCACAAGAACUUUCUCGCUCAAGCAGUUCAAAGACCAAGGCAAAACCCGUGUCGACUUUGACAUUCAUGUAGCAAAGACAAUUCAAGAGGAAUACCACCCUGAUCUGGUCAUUCUGGCUGGCUGGAUGCAUAUCCUGUCACCCGAUUUCCUAGCUUUCUUCCACAACAAUGUCAUGAACCUGCAUCCCGCUUUACCUGGACAAUUCGAUGGUGCACACGCCAUUGACAGAGCAUACGAAGCAUAUCAAAAGGGAGAAAUUCAACACACUGGUAUCAUGGUGCAUAAAGUGAUUGCUGAUGUGGAUCGUGGCGAGGUCAUUCUUCAGAGAAAUGUGCCUAUUGAAAAAGAAGAUACCCUUGAAGAUCUCGAGCAACGCAUUCAUUCCGUCGAACACAAACUUAUUGUUGAAGGUGCUCAAGUAUUUUUAGAUAGCUUAAAGAAGCAAUAA